CUCCACCCUGCAAAGCACUGAGACUAGAUACAAGAGCAGGGCUACACCUCAGUCCACAGGGCACAGGGACCAGCCUGCAGGGGCUACAGUUUUCACUACAGCAAGGAGGAGGCAUUGCCCUGAACUCAUAGCCAAGUUUUAAAACCUUUCUGAGGUCCGGACCAUCAGCAGAAUAUGACCAAGGCUUUCCCUCCCUUUCAGACAGUUAAAGUCAUGCCUUUGGGCACUAGGGUCCAGAGAAGGAGCUAUGGAGCUGGCUGCUGCUGCCAAGGUCCUUUUCUGCCACUUGGUCCUGCUGUGCCUGCUGUCUGUCUGUCUGUGUUCAGGGAAACAAGAGGCUGCCUCUCUUUGCAACAGCUUCAACGUUGUCAAGUCAGAGUCUGGACAUUGGAGAAAUGAAGUCCAAGGCCUACUGAACAGACAGACUUUUUUUCUCUACAAGGAUAACAAGUGUCAUGCCAUUGGUGCUCAUGGGAACAGCCUGAAUGCCACAAAGAUCUGUGAAAAACAGGUUGACACACUGAAACAUGGAGGUGACAUUUUCAAAGGGAUGCUGCUUCAGUUGUGGGGGGAAUUUAACACAAUCAGAGCCAAUCUCUUUUCAGUGGGCACAGAGCCUCACACUCUGCAGGCUGACAUCUGUUGUCAGUAUGAAGGAGACAACCGUUUCAGGGGAUCCAGUGUUGUUAGCCUCAAUGGAAAGAAUAUGCUCCAUGUUGACACAAGUACUGGAAACUGGACUGAACUGGAUCCCAGAUUCAAGAAGAUGAUGGCUAUGUGGAAGAAAGACAGGGAUAUAGCUGCCUUCUUAGACAAGACUUCACGGGGUUACUGCAGGACCUGCCUUGAGGAGCUCAAGUCACACUGGAAAGACCAUCCGGAGCCUACAGAAAAAACAAUAAAGACCGUGGAUAGGAUCCAGCAUACAUCUGACAAUGCCUUGGUUAUUAUUGGAUCCACAUUAGCAGCAAUGUUGUUUAUGGGAUUGAUCAUCUCAGGAUCCUGUUAUGUAUCAAGAAGACACUUACAUGAAAGAAAGAUGGAUGUGCAGUCCUCAUCACCAUCUCUGUUGGGUGACUCUUUGACAUUGCCCGAGACGAGUUCAGCAAAUGAAGCAGAUGAAUUUCCUACAGCAUCUCAGAAUUCUGUGCUGUUGACUUUGGACCACACAGAUGGGAACCCAUGAGACUGAUGGCUGACAGAGCCUCACACACCAGGGCAUCAGAGUGCACUAGGCCUUUGCCAUCAGGGGCUUCCUCUUGCUCUGUCUCUUUCCUUUCUCAUGCUUCCAUGAUAGCACUGUGGAGAUCUGGCAGGGCCUGGCUCUAAAUAACUCCUCACAAUGGCUUGCCCUGAGUGACUCCAUUUUAUGAAAGCACUUUGCUCACUUCUGAGUGUAAUGCAGACCUUGGAGGACAUGGAACCUCACUUUAAACACAGACAUGUCAGUCAAGUACCAUCCAUGAUGCAGAUGUUGAUAAUUAACUUAAUCCCAAAAGUAAAAAUAUGCUUCCCAUGAACUUAUCAAAAUAGGUUUGAAGUUGUGAACACAUGUGCAUCUCAGAUCAUCUCAGAGAAGCAGGUCUGAGGAUAUCUCACCCUCACCUGGACUCCUAAAGAGGUGAAGUCCCUUGCCAUGAUUAUGGCCCCUACAAACUUGCCCUCUGGCUAUUUGUGUGGUCAGGAGCCUGCUCGCAGAAAACUCCUGAAAAUCUUCAGGCUUCAGCUCCAUCCACAUUGCUAAUGCCUCCUGCUUGAAUCACUGGCUGACAGUUCAUCUGCUGCUCCAUGCUAAUGUGGGUCUGCAUCUCACCUGCUGGAUCCUGGGGUCCUGCACCUCUCCUCUGCAGUUCACUCAGUCCUGAGGCCUGGUGCAGCCCUGCAGCCCUGCAGCUCUCCACUGCCUUCCUUAACAGCUCUCUAUCCACCUGCAUGGAGCCUGUCUGCGGGACUAGGAUCCUCUGUCUCUGCCUCCAGUCUGGUCUUUGUGAACUCUAAUGGCAACUGGUUCACUCUUUAAUGCAGUUCUGUGAUCUAAGUACAUAUGAUAACUCAGUGGUAUACAAUGUGUGAUCUGAGAGUUUAUCUAGUAAUUGAGACGGAAGUAAGAGCAAGAGCUUGACCAGGAGACAGUAGUCAAAGAUAAUUAGGAUUACUUGCUAAUUACAUCCUGUGAAUUGGAUGAAGAUGGUAAGUUCCCAUAUAUAUGUGAGCACCAGUUUUCCUGGAAUAGGUCACUGAUUCAGGAUUUUACUCACAAUAUUUUCUAGUGAGUAAAUAGUACAUUUGCAAAGAAAUUCAAAAUACCCUAUCUUUUUUUAAAUAAAUGAAAUGUUUGGUGAUAGGAAGAAAAUUCAGCAUCCCUACUAAACCCUGGUCAACAUAGACUAAGUUUACUCCACUGACCCAGUUCCUAACUCACCACAACAUUGUAGCCUCACACUGUUCAGGGUGAGAUCUAAACAAGGUGAUAGGAACAGGGGAGCCGUCCAUCAGCCUCUCACAGGGAGUGGGUUAUCAAAAAUAAAUAAUAAAGGCUAAAAAGAAGUGAGGAAACCUCAGAUCACACAUCUAUGAUUAUUCAUGUAUAAGAUGGCUAUAAAACUAUACUAUCCUAUGAAUUUAUACCAUACAAAAGAAAACUAAGAGAAAUGUCUGCUUGAGUAAGAAAGAUGAGUUAUAUAGUAAGUAAAAGACGAUUUCUCGAAUGGUGCGAUCUGUAGGGACCCACAGUGCCCAGAGUUCGUGUUAGGAACAGGUGACACUAACAGUCCUCAACUAAUAACUGCCAUGCCAGGAACUCCCAGGGGGAUUUGGCAUAUGCACAGAAAUGUCACAUUUAGUGACCCAUAAUGAUACAAACGUUUUAGUGAUGAACAAAGGAACAAAGACACUGCUCACUCAUAUAGUGCUUGCCUCUCCCAAGCAUGAGAACCUGAGUUCCCUCCUCAGAACCCAUGCACACUGCAAUGACACAUGUUUGUAAUUACAGUACAGGGGAUAUAUAGAGAGAAGUGCAUCUCUGAGACUUCCUCCUCAGCUGGAAUAGUUGAAUUGGUGAGUUUCAGUACAAAGUGACUCAAAGCACAGUGUGCAUGGCAUCUGGAGGAGUGACAUGGAAAGGAAAUUUGUAAUCUCCAUACAUAUACAAACAAGCAUGCACACAUGUUUAUAUACACACAUGCGCGAAAAGGAUAGACAGCUAGUGACUUCCCAAGAGGAAAUAUUCCUGAGCGGAAUAUGGGAACUUUUAGUACUAAUUCCGAGAUAUUACCUGGCCUUCUUUCUGUCCAUAUUUGUGUUUGUAUUUGGAUACGAGGGAAACAGCUCUUGUCUUCUUAGAUAAUAAGUUUCGUAGAACAAUUAUUCAACCACUGGCGUGAGGCGUGAGGAUUGGUUAGAUACACACUCUAAUUUCACGAGAUAUAUUGAGGAACUGAGUCAGAUUCCAAGCACUAGAUUCUGGUUAUUAUAAAAGAAUAUUUCCAUUGAGGUUUGGUCUGUCCCUAUUGUAUUAUAACAUUAAUUCUGUAUUGGACGGUCUAAGCCUAUGACUGACUUCUCACAUUUACACUCUUUUGUUGUGCAAACUUUGUACCUUGAUUUAUAGCUAUCCAUUAAAUAAAACUGGCUUUAACCAGUUACUGGAGGGUUUAUAGGUAGAUUGUUUUGUGGUGAGCUGGGAAGAGGAUAUGGAAGAAGGAGAAAGAGGAGGGAGAGGAAGCCUACAUGAGGAGAGCUUCAGAAAAGCCCGUGUCCAGGAGAAACAGCAAGUGUCUGGGUUACACCACUGGAGAGGUAGCCAGGCCAGCAGUUAGAAGAGUAGAUUAGGGGUUAACCUCCAGUAAUUGUCGAAGCCAAAUAAAAAAUGGCA